AAGGAUUCUUUUUUUUUUUUGGCGGUUUUUGGCAUCACAGACAGGAUAAGAGUAGUUGCAAGAAAGGCGGAUACACACAACACACAUGAAGUGAAAGUAAAAGCAUCGUGGUUCUCGGCUGUGAAUGUUUAUGUAGUAGACAGACAACACAUUGAGUGCCUCUCCUCUACCAUUUCUUCCAGGCUGUGAGAUGGAUUUGUGCGAAUCUCCUCCGAAGGCUAAGGAAAAAGAUUGUGUUGUUCCUGUAACUCCUGAAGUUGUGAAAGAGAAUGCUGAUUUUGAAUUUCAAUCCCCUCUCACACUCACGCUGAUCAGGAAACAACUUAAUGGGACUUUAAGCAUCAAUGAUUCUCACAAUCACAGCCCUCGAACACCUAAGGAUGUUGUUUUCGACUCCUUUGCAAAGGAUACUCGCGAUGAAUUCAGGAGCUCUGCUGUCCGCCGACUUCGUUUUUGUUCCUCUGCUCACAAUCAUGAAUAUGAUUCUCUUUCAGACCAACAUAUCUUUGAAUCUGUCUAUGAUAAUCUCUUACACUUCAUUCUUUCAAAGCAAAUGGAGGAGGAGGAGGGGUAUCUUCCUCCAAUCUCAAAUAUACAACAGUGUGAUUCUGAUGAUGAUCGUUGUUGUAAGUCACCUCCAUCCCUGCUCCGUUUCACCGGAAUUGCUCAUACUUGUCCUCCUGCUCCUCGCAAACUCAAACCUGCCACCGCCCAUCAACCCAAGAUCAUUCAACUGGAGUUAUGCAAGAAGCUUGAAUUCUGACUAACUCCAACAUCUGUACUAGUUAGAUUGCAUUUCAAUUUGUGCUGCUCAUUUCAAAAUUCUGUGUUCCUUAUAUAGAUAAUUAAUUUGUAGCUUAGCUUGUUAUUUAUUAUUUUUAAAUAAUAUAAUUUUAAAGGGAACAAUUGCAUCUGACCAUGCUCGUAUUCGUAUAGAUAGAUUGAUACAUGUAGCAGCAGGAUGAGCAUCAAUAUUGUAAACUACACUAAUUUGUUUGUGCUAAAUAAAUCAUUUCAUUAUUUACUAA